GAAGCGUGAGUCCGCUCGUACGUGACGUUCGCUUUCUGUUCGUCUGCUGGACGGUAAUGGCGGCUUGCCGGGGAUCAUCGUCCAAAUGGUUUUUCACCCGGGAGCAGCUCGAAACCACCCCGUCCCGCCGCUGCGGAAUGGAGCCAGACAGAGAGCUGUCGUAUCGACAGCAGGCCGCAAAUCUAAUUCAGGACAUGGGUCAGAGACUAAACGUUUCUCAACUCACAAUAAAUACUGCCAUUGUUUACAUGCACAGAUUUUAUAUGUACCACUCUUUCACCAAAUUCCACAGAAAUACCAUCUCCCCAACAACAUUAUUUCUGGCUGCAAAAGUUGAAGAGCAACCACGGAAACUUGAGCAUGUCAUUAAAGUAGCACAUGCAUGUUUAAAUCCCCAGGAACCUCCACUGGAUACAAAGAGUAAUGCAUACCUCCAGCAAGCUCAAGAGCUGGUGAUACUUGAAACCAUAGUGCUGCAGACUUUAGGCUUUGAAAUAACAAUUGAACAUCCACACACUGAUGUGGUGAAAUGUUCCCAGCUAGUGCGAGCAAGCAAGGAUCUGGCACAGACUUCCUAUUUCAUGGCUACCAACAGUCUGCACCUCACCACCUUCUGCCUACAGUAUAAGCCCACUGUCAUUUCCUGUGUCUGCAUUCACCUGGCAUGCAAGUGGUCUAACUGGGAGAUCCCUGUUUCCACUGAUGGAAAGCACUGGUGGGAGUAUGUGGACAGCUCAGUUACACUUGAGCUUCUGGAUGAACUGACCAACGAGUUUCUGCAGAUUCUGGAGAAGACACCCAGCAGGUUGAAGAGAAUUCGUAACUGGAGGGCUACACAAGCUGCUAAAAAGCCCAAAAGUGAUGGUCAGGCCUCCGACAGCAGCUCUUCAGCAGGACCCUCAUCCCAGGACUCAUCCUUGAUGGAUGUCUUACCUGGGGUCUCCUCGAAUACAGCCUUCCCCAAAGCCUCCACGUCUUUUCCGCUGACCUUGCCUGGCAACCCAAGCAGCAGUCUUUCUCUUGAUUCAAUGGCCAACAUGCAGGGAACCUCAUACACGUACACCGCCCCCAGUGACUGGCCUCAGGACCAAAUGCGUUCAGACCUCUAUUCCGUCAAACAGCUUCCUCCACACUCCUCUAUGCACCUGCACCGGCCUGACAAAAGCGCAGAGUUUAACCCUGCGAAACACGAACAUAAAGCCAGCGGUGGGGCGAAACAUCAGGCCACAACCAACCCACCGUCUGUGGCAACCCCUCAGAAAAUGUCUCUGGACAAGUACAGGGAGAAACAUGCUGCUGACCUGGCAGGGCAGAAACGCCGGCAAGACCAGCAGAAUGCGGAGACUGAGUUUAGGGAUGUGUAUGGUGCUCCAGCAGAACACCGUAAGCACCUGCCCCAACAUUCUCACGGGCUGCAGGGAUUAAGCAGCAGUGCUGGAGCCGCCACCUCCUCGCCCUUGAAGAUGAAGCUGCCCGUCCCCGGGCAGGACAAACGGGAGAAAGUACAGAGCUCCUUAAAACUCCGCCUUCCUGUCCCCUCCCAGAGCGAGAAGGGGGGGUCGAGUAAGGAGGAGCUAAAAAUGAAAAUUAAGGUGUCUUCUGAUCGGCACAGCUCCUCGGACGAGGGUGCCGCAAAAAGCAAACAUUCCAGCCCGCUCGUGAGCAAGGAGAAACACAGAGACCACUCGACCCAUCGACAUCACCACAAACACGGCCACUCCCACACGCACAGCGGCAAUGGCAGGAGCGGCCUCGAGGCAUCCGCUGGUUCGUCCCUUCGGAGCCCGGUUGGUCCCACUGCCGACGGGGCAAGCUCGGCUUCCAGCGCCGGUUCCACGCGUAAGAGGUUAAACCUCGAAGCCAGCCACAAUCGCCACUCCAAAAAGAGCAAAAGCUCCAAGGGCGGCGCAGGUAGUUCCACUCUUUGUUCCUCUGUUCAGCAGUGUGUCUCAUCUCACAACUUUGUUCUUAAUCUUCCCUUCCCCCCUCCCCCUGUCACAUACCAGGUGGGCUACGGACAUCUCAGCACCCUAGUGAAACUGGACAGGAUACCAGUGGAGAGCCACGGCCUUGAGGGUGCGCCGGCCUAGCUAACGGUCACCACACAGACUACAAAAAUACUUUUAACAUGCUUGAUUUGCUGUUAAGUGCCCGAGGAAUGAACUCUUGAACCUAUAGGAAAAGAAUAUAAAGAUGUAAACGAAAAAUCAAGCAGAGUUCUCUUUAUUACAGAGAAAAUAAUCAGGAAUGUCAAUGAAAAAGAGUUAAGAGAAAGAAAAUAAAAAUGCUUCCCGAUCUUCUGGCAGUUCAGUUCAGUCUGGGCAUCUCUCUGUGCUGCUUCGUCCUCACUAUUCCCUCAUAAGCAGUUGGUUUGUGUGCGUGAGCCGGUAAAUGGGUGUUAGUCCAAAAAAAGAACAUGUAUCUUGAAAAGAGUGAAGUGUUAUUCCCCCACAGUGAUUAUUUAUAGAACAUUUAAAAGACUGAAAGUAGCCUCUAUAUGACUGAUGCUAUCAUUUGUUUAAAUGCAAUCAAGCAUUUAAAGUUCCAUAGUUCUUUGGAUGUUUCUUUUUCCCAUUUGAUUCCAUUUGAAAGUUGUUUACAGAGCGUUGAGAAAAAUUCACAUACAUUUUUGUAUGUUAAAAGCUGUACCAUAACUUCUCAGGGCGGAGUUGCUUGUAUAAUAUAUAUACAUAUAUAUAUGGGGGGUGGAUUUUGUGACUCAGUGUUAGAAUCUAUUAUUGGCAUUUCUAGCUGCAUCCUUCCAGCGAUGUUCUCUUGAACUGGUGUUCCUGCCUGGGUGGAGUAAACUACCAUGCAAUCCACACUCUGCCAGUUACCUGGCAUGUUGUAAGAGGCCUUGAAAUUUGUACCUUUUUUGACCUUCAAGCCGGAUGCCAAAGGCUGUGCCUCAAAAAAAGUGCAAGCAGAGUUCUUCAAAGUUUACAUAACCUUCGCUGUGAAGUGCAUUUAAUAUAUUUCUUAGCUUGAAGCAGUAGCCUCUUGUGCAACUCUGUAAACCAAUAACAAAUAACCAUAUAGGUGGGUGAGAUUGGUUUUACGAUUACGGUGUUGACCCAAAGAGUUGGGCUUUCAGAGGCCCGCAGUGCAACGUUAUUUCUGAGAAAAAGAUGAAUGGUUUUGAUCUUUGAUUUUGAUUCUUUUAAGUGAGAAGCUAUGGGUAAAUGAGGCCAGCAUUGUUAAAACAAUGAAUAAGGCAAGUAAAACUGUUGGCACUAGUUUAUUUUAUUGUCUUUUCCCCCCCAUUUUAUUUAGAUAUAAUAAUAAAUUCCAUGGUUUCCACUACCUUAA